GCAGGAGGAGCAGAGGAGCUGAGGGAGGAGCUGCUCAUUCAGCGCCGCUGAAACAAGUGAGCGGAGCCGCCAUGGACAGCAGCGGCGAGCAGCUGUGCGCGGCGGAGGACGAGGCGGCGUGCACGUCGGCGUCGGAGGGCCUGGAGGAGGGCGAGGUGGAGGGCGAGACGCUGCUGAUCGUGGAGUCGGAGGACCAGGGCUCGGUGGAUCUGUCCCACGACCAGAGCGGAGACUCGCUGACCAGCGACGUGGGCGAGGAGGCGGAGGGCGGCUGGGCCUGCGACGACAUGGCCUUCUACUGCGAGCGCUGCCACAAGUGGAUCCCCGCCGCUCAGCUUCACGGUGAGCAGCCCAGCUACCUGAAAGGAGACAACUUCUUCAAGUUCAUCUGCUACGACUGUUCUGAGGACGGCAAGGAGAGCUUCGAGAGGAUGAGGCUCACCUGGCAGCAGGUGGUGAUGCUGGCCAUGUACAACCUGUCUCUGGAGGGAACCGGUCGCCAGGGUUACUUCAGGUGGAAGGAAGACAUCUGCGCCUUCAUCGGCCGACACUGGACCUUCCUGCUGGGAACGAGGAAGAAGACGUCCACCUGGUGGAGCACGGUGGCCGGAUGCCUGUCGGUCGGCAGCCCCACCUUCUUCCGCUCGGGAGCGCAGGAGUUCGGGGAGCCCGGCUGGUGGAAGCUGGUCCAGAACCGACCGCCAACCCUGCGGCCCGAAGCCGACAAGUCCACCGCCAAGACCAAAGCCUUGAAGCCGUCGGUCGAGCCCAUCAUCACGGUGGAGGGUUUGAGGAAGCGAGGAGCGAGGAACCCCGUGGAGAACGCCAUGCAGCUGAAGGAGAAGCGCUCCCGCACUCAGGAGGCCAAGGACAUCCGGCGGGCUCAGAAAGAGGCGGCGGGCGGCUACACGGACCGCAGCGCCUCCUCCACGCCCGUCAAGCUGGGCGGCGGUCGCGGCGGCGGCGGCGGGCGGCGGCCCGACCUCGUCCUGGAGAAAGGAGAGGUGAUCGACUUCUCCUCGCUCAGCUCCUCCGACAGAACGCCGCUGACCAGCCCGUCGCCCUCUCCCUCGCCGGACUUCUCCGCCCCCGGCACGCCGGCCUCGCACUCGGCCACGCCCAGCCUGCUGUCGGAGGCCGACCUCAUCCCCGACGUCAUGCCGCCACAGGCGCUGUUUCACGACGACGAGGAGCUGGAGGCGGAGGGGAUGAUCGACCCGGGGAUGGAAUACGUUCCUCCUCCCAGCGCCGCGCUCGCCCACGCUGCCCGAAAGAAGCUCCGCCCCGCUCCGCCGCACAUCAAGCGUGAACUGGACAGCGAAGACGACGAGGGCCGCGAGCGCGACGACGACUUCGAGGAGCCGCUGGGACAAGAAGGUCCGUCUCUGUCCGCCGGGGGACGCGGCGGCGCCCUGGGGCCCGACCGCAGGAGGACGGCUCAUCCCGAGAAGGCGGACGGAGCCGGCGGCGUCUCGCAGGCCCCCCGCUACGCCCCGCUCAGCCUGUACGAGGAGAGGAUGCUGCUGCGGCGGCUGGACGCCUGCCCGCUGGCGCUGGCCAUCACCCCGCAGGCCAAACGCCUCCACAGGAAGCUGCUGGUCCGCCAGGCCAAGAGGCAGAGAGGGCUCCCCCUGCUGGACAUCGACCGCGCCGUCAGCGCCACGCUCAGCUUGGUGGGCGGGAUCUACGGCGCCCAGGAGGUGGUGAGGCCGAGCGGAGGCGCCGUCCCGGGAAAAUACUGCACCAACAGCCAGGACCUCCGCAUCCUCGACCGCUUCCAGACGGGCCUGUGCAGCAGGCGGGACGUCCUGCAGUCGUCUGUGUCGUUCUGGCACCGUCUGAUGGGAGCAGACGGCAGUUUGGAGCAGAGCAUCAGGAGCCCGUACACUUCCCGCUGCCUCAAGCCCUACAUCAGGCGGGACUAUGAGAGCCGUCCUCUGAAGCUCCGCCUCCUGGCAGAGAUUCGAGCGUAUCCUCACAGGAACGAGCCCGGCUGGACGCCUGAGGCCGACGCCCCCAUCGACUACUGCUACGUACGGCCCAAUCACAUCCCCUCUGUCAACGCCAUGUGCCACGACAGCUUCUGGCCAGGCGUGGACCUGUCUGAGUGCCUGCAGUACCCGGACUUCAGCGUGGUGGUUCUCUAUAAGAAAGUGGUGGUGGGCUUCGGCUUCAUGGUUCCUGAUGUGAAGUACAACGAGGCGUACAUCUCCUUCCUGCUGGUGCACCCAGACUGGAGGAGGGCCGGCAUCGCCACCUUCAUGAUCUACCACCUGAUCCAGACGUGCAUGGGGAAGGACGUGACGCUGCACGUGUCGGCCAGCAACCCGGCCAUGCUGCUCUACCAGAAGUUUGGCUUCAAGACGGAGGAGUACAUCCUGGACUUCUACGAUAAGUACUACCCCGUGGACAGCAGCGAGUGCCGCCACGCCUUCUUCCUGCGCCUGCGCCGCUGAGCCGCCCGCAGGAAGUCACCGAGCGGCGACCCCAACCGCUCCCUGCUGCCUUGCUCGAGGGCAGACUGCCCUGCCGGGACACACGUCACGCCAGGGAUUCAAACCAGCAACCAGUUUAACAUUGCAGAAACCCACGCGUGUUGUCUGUUUCUCUCUGUGAGUCUGUUUGAUUUGUCUUCAGCUCGUCAGUCUGAUGCACAGAAAUGGAACCGGGUGGAACCGGCGUGGGGCUUUUGUCCGGUCAGAGAAGGGUUCUGGGUGGUUCCUGUUGCCACGGCAACAGCCGUUCAGCGUUCAGUGACGAACUGUGACAGUUGGCCCGUGGCUCCUGAUCUGGAUCCAGAUAGAAGUCGCUGCUGCUGGGAGGAGCCGGGUCUCACACAUUAUUCAAUAACUUUAUUAACAACAAC